AUGUCCACUCAAUAUGCCAGCGAGCCCAACCCCACCGCGCUAGCAACGCUGAACACCACCGUUGGACCGAUCCACAUCGCCCUGUUCGCGAACCAGGCUCCUCUCACCUGCAAGAACUUCCUUCAGCAUUGCAAGGACAACUAUUACACUGGCACGAUAUUCCACCGCAUCGCAUCAGACUUCGUCAUCCAAGGCGGUGAUCCUACGGGCACCGGCGCUGGCGGUACUUCCAUCUAUGAGUAUCCCGAAUUCGAGUAUGACCCCGAGGCGCGCGAUCCGAACGAGCGGGUAGUUUUGCGGGAUGAGAUUCACAGUCGGCUGCGCUUCAACCGGCGCGGACUGGUUGGCAUGGCGAAAAGUGAGGACGGGUCAUAUGGAAGCCAAUUCUUCAUCACGCUCGCCAACACUGAUCGCGAAUUGACGGGACAGUGCACGUUAUUCGGACGAUUAGAAGGCGAUAGUAUCUUCAACGUGCUGAAAAUCGCCGACGCAGAGCGUGUAGAAGGCACUGAACGGCCUGUAUACCCGGUUAAAGUGACUUCCUGUGAGAUUGGAGAAUUGGGACCGCUUGCUGGCAAGUUGAAAGACCGGAAGACGACCACCUCGACCGCAGCUGGGGGCGAGAAGGCCGCGCCGAAGAAAAAGAAAAAGGCUGCGAAGGGCGGGAAAGUCCUACUCAGUUUCGGUGAUGACGAGGGCGACGAGGGCAUGCCCAUUCGGCCAGCGAAGCCCAAGUUCAACACCAAGCUUGUGGCGGACGUGCCUGGUGGGAUCAGCGAGACGCCUAAACAGCCACGGUCACAAACAAGCGAGUCUAUACAGCCACGCAAACGGCCGCACUCGCCAUCCCCACACCGAUCUCCCUCCCCAGAGCGCAAGCAGCGCCGCAAGACCCCCGAUCCCCAGACUCAGCUUCCUCUCCGAGAUCCGGAAUCGCCCUCCCGCUCCUCAACUCCUGGCUCUCCUCCGCCCAAGGAGUCCAAGCUAUCUCGCACCAAUGCUGAGAUUGCCUCGCUCAAGGCAUCCAUGCGCCGCAACGUGGAUAUGGGACCCGCCGACACGGGACGCAAGAAGUCCGCCCUCGAAGCCAUGAUCCCCAAGACCGCGACAAGAGCCCGCAAACGCCCACCACCUGGAUCAAGCACCGGUUCCAGUGCUGGUCCACGGAGCGCAGCCGAGCGAGACGCAUUAAAAGUUUUCAACGCCUUCAAAGCGAAGCUCGAGGGUGCAGAUUUCGCACCGUCACAAGCACAAGCACAUACGGAUCGGGACGCCGGGAAGCGCCCCGCACAGGAUCAAGAUGCGGACGAAGACGAAGAGGCUCAGCUCUGCGACCUGCAUUUCAUUGCGAACUGCCAGUCGUGUAAGUCCUGGAGUGACCCGGACGCGGCGGCGCCCGACGAAACAGAUGCCAACGACCAGGGCUGGCUCACGCAUCAGCUGCGAUUUGGCAAGGAUACGCUAGGCAAGGAUCUCAAGUGGAAACAGCAGCACCGAGAGGAUGUCGAUUCGUUGAUGGUCAUCGAUCCACGCGAGAAAGAGAAGGAAUUGGCUGGUGGCCGGAAGCGUGGUCUGCAGCGAGACCGGGAGAGGGAGAGGAAACGCGAACGAGCGGGCGAGUUGGAAUGGGAGAGAGACCGACAACGAUAG